GGACCAAAAAUAUUAAACGCUGCGGAUAGAAAACAAGGAACACGUAAGGUAGUCUUCUAGAGUCUGGACUGUAGAUGGCUUCCUCAUCUCUGCCACUCAUCAAUGGAGGCAUCAUUUUCUCCUCUCAAUACUCAUCCCUUUCCAAACACUACCACUCCGCAACUCCCCUCAAGCGGGGAUUGAGAAGAGACCAAGACACCAGCAUGGUCAUUAACAGAACCAGAGGACAAGCAUUUCAAAUCUUGGCUAAUCCCAAUGUGUCUUCAGGGAAACGAGGCUCGGUUAAAGAAGUGAUCAUGGUUGAUCCUUUGGAAGCCAAGCGGUUGGCUGCCAAACAAAUGCAAGAAAUUAAAGCAAAACAGAAAUUCAAGAGAUGUGAAAUUGAAGCAAUUAACGGAGCUUGGGCAAUGAUUGGUCUUACAGCAGGUUUGGUAAUUGAAGGUCAGACUGGAAAAAGUAUUUUGGCUCAGUUGGCAGGAUACUGGAGCAUUGUUGUCAGUUUUUUUUGUGCAGUAAUUGUAAAGUUUGAGAAAUUGCAGAUUUUUUCUCAAAUAAUUCUUUAAAACUGAUGCUGUGAGCCUGUGAGUUCUUUCCAAUGAUGUUUCUUCUGUCCACAAUUCUUAUACCAUUUUAUUUGAUUUGCUACUCA